AUGACUGGUAUCUCUGAAGCUACCGAUUCUCUCGCCAAUGGCUACGGUUCGAAUGAGUUUACGCCAUUGUCACCAGACACCGAGUAUGAAAUACUAGUUGAAGAGAUGCGUAACCAUUCCACGGACGAAGACGACGUAUUGUUCAGUGAUCAACUUGAUGUGGUUACUGAAGAGAUGUAUGCAAGAGGAAUUGAUAUGCAAGGCAUCAAUUGGGACAACAGACCAGUAACCAGGGAAGCUUGCAGGAAAAAAAGGGUGGAUGAAUAUGAGAAUUACCUUUGUUUGGAAGACACGGAUGAUAAAUCCUUGAGACAACAAUUCACGAAUACGGAGGCUGGACACAAGUUUUACGAUUUUAAAUAUGCCAAAUUGAGUGAACGCUGCAGCAUUGGCCACUUUCAGUUACGUAAUCUCCUCUGGGCAACAAGCAAGGAUAGCGUCUAUUAUAUGUAUGAAGACACUGUACGGCAUUGGUCUCCCCACUUUCCUCACAGCCGAGAAGUCUUGAAUGUACGCACAGCACACACCCCACAAAGUCUAGUUUUUGCCGUCAGCAGUAUGGCUUGUGCUGAAGAUAUCCUGUUCAUGGGCGGAUCCAAAGGCGAAUAUGCGUAUCGGCGGCUUGAUGACAAGGAUGAGCCGGUGCAUUAUGGCACUACGACCAAUCACUCCAAUGGCAUUGCCAAUCAUAUCAACGUGACACAAGCAAGGAAUGGAGAGACCCAAGCCAUUGUUUCAAGUAAUGAUCAAAAGGCUCGAUUCAUCAACUUGGCUUCCGGAAAAGUGGAUACUACGCUGUCAUUUCCUUUUGCUGUCAACUGCUCUGCCCUUUCUCCCGACAAACGGCUUUUGUGCGUGGUAGGCGAUGAUACGGCAACAAUUAUAUGCGACGCAUCAUCAGGGAAAGGCGUUCAUAUCCUCAGUGAACAUCAUGAUUUUUCGUUCGCUUGUUGCUGGAGUCCUGAUGGAAGAUUAUUUGCCACUGGCAAUCAAGAUAAAACCACGCGGAUAUAUGAUAUACGACAACCUACGGAGGCAAUACACGUCCUGGGAGCCAAUGUAGGUGCCAUACGAUCGUUACAGUUUACCCAUGAUGGUCAAUAUUUAAUUGCUGCUGAGCCCAUCGAUUUCGUACACAUCUAUGACGCUUCUUCGUUUCAGACGAGUCAAGUGAUUGAUUUCUUUGGAGAGAUUGCUGGAGUUUCUCUUAGUCCUGAGGAUCAAGCACUAUUUAUUGCAGCAGCCGAAGAACGGAUAAGGAUUGCACCUCACUGUGAUGAGCGAAUAGGUGGGCUCUUUGAAUUCAGGCGAGAAACGGAUCCAAUGUCGUUUUACUUUUAA